GCUUCAACUACAUUCGUGAAUCUCGCGAUGUCAACUACUACGCGACAACCACUACCAACGACAUAAAUCCUGCAAAAUGAAACGAAAUCGCGCAUCCAAUUACAUAUACAGAUCGUAAUUGCAAACUUUCAACGCGCCUCCACAAACCCCGACUCCAGUACCAUCAUCUUCACAUCCUUCACCAAAUACUCAUGCACGUUCAUCCUCCAUCGCAAGAACACGUCCACCAUCCCUCAAAUAAUUCCUAACAAAAUCCUUCACACUCGCUCCAACCUCAAAUACUCUCCCACACCACAACAGAAACAAAUGUCGCCCUUCACCCCCGAACAGGCAUCCCGCCUCCUCACAUCUUUCACCAACUUCCUCACGAUCGCCACACACUCCAUCCUCUACCACCGCGCCCUCUACCCAGCCGCUAGCUUCCUCACCGCUCGCGCCUACAACCUCCCCGUUCACCAGUCCCGCCACCCCGGCCUCUGCACAUGGAUCCGCGACGCCGUCGCCUCGGCCGCCGACCAGAUCCGCGCAGGCGCCGCGCACGCCCUCUUCAUCGUCAUAUACUCGCCCACCAGCGCCGUCCUCGAGCGCUGGGUCUUUGAUCUGUCCUCGUUCCCCGCGUCCUUUGGCGACAAGGCCAAAGUCAGCAGGGACUUCAAGACGGGAGACACGGGCGGUGACGUCAACUGGGCAGAUGUCGAUGAGGCGCUGCGUGGUGCGCUGCGCCGGAUUGCCUUUCGCGCAGAGGGGAAGGGCAAGUUGCCCGAGGGGUGCACGUUUACUAUUGCCGUCGAGUUAAGAGACGAGGCGGAGCCGCCCAUAUCACAUCCCCAGGUUUGGAUCCCGUCAGAGCCGAGCUUGCAGGUGCCGUCGCACAGGUAUCCGCAUCAUGGGACCGCGAGAGGCGGAGAGCUGACGACGCCGAUUCGCGCGGUGCAGGCUGGGCCGCUGUUCUUUGAGUGUUGGGUGGAAGAGAGGGAGGAGGAGGCGGCGUCGUCGUCGCAAGCAGAGGAGAAUGAGAUGGAUGUGACGAUUGGGUCGGACAUUACGACGCUGUCGCAGCAGAUUAUAUAAUGACACUGGUCACGGCAAGAGAAUAGAAAUGUGUAUCAGUAUGUCUUCAUAUCUACAUUAAUAAACGCCCUAAAUCAAGCGAGCUGGUUUCGUUCCAUAUGUCGCCCUAUAUAUAAUGUACAGAAAUAAGAGAAAGAGCCAUUCAUCUAAAGCCCAUGCUCGCUCCGCAGUGCUGCUCGCAAGCUAACAAUCUCUCGCUUCAAUUUCGCAUUCUCCUUCUUCAUCUUGGCCGUCUCGUCAGCCUGCUCCUUUAGCUUCGUCAUCAUCUCCUCCUUCUCGUCUUUACCCUUGCCCUUGAGCGCGCGCAGAAUUCGGCUCAGUUCCCCGUUAAACUUUUCAUAUAGCAGCUCGUUCUCAGCAGUCACCUCUUUAUGCAGCUGGUCAAUGGCACGGACCUUGGUCUCAGUUGUCUUGACAGUCGUGUCCAUUUCCUUCUGUAGCGCUGUCUGCCGCUCCUGCAGUUCCUGGAACAGCUUCGGGACCUGAAUCUCCAGUGCCCGUACAGAAUCAGCGAGGGCCUUGAUCUCGGACGGUGCACUGUUCUCGUGCAGCUUGGUGACUUCUUCGCUAAUGUUGGAUAAGACCGUUUGCAUAUUGUUGCCUGUGCUCUCAAUAGCCAGUUGGUCAGACGCCAUUCGCUCGCGCAGCUUCUGUGGCGAGUUUAGCCGCAGCUUCUGCGGGCUUCGUGUAGGACUCCGCGAUUUCCGGUCUGUUGAAUCAUUGGUAAUGUCUGACUGUGUAGCAUAGAGCGUGGGGAUGGUAGAGACGGAGAAAGCCUUGACAUGCUUCGUGGGAGACUUUGUCGGUGAGCCGCCCAUGGUUUGUUCACUUGCUGGGCUUGACCGGACAUUCUCCUUUUGCUGCGGGACCUGGAAACUCGAAUGGACGAUGCGAUCUUUGCUAGGCGACGCUGGUGAAGCUGCAUUCAGCUUGCCAGAGGUCUGCCUUGUAGCGGCCAAGGGCUGUGGCAGCUCUUCUUCAUCCUCAAGCGUAGCAGCCUCCAUGAGCAUCUUCAAAUCAGACAACGAACUACGUCUCUUCUUUUUGGGACUUCGGACGCCUAGGCCCUCGACUCGUCCACUCAUGGAAUCCGCGGUGUAAUCUGAUCGAUGAGAGCUGCCUGGGCGAGGGUCGUCAAAGGCGCCCAGAAUAGGGGGGCGACGAUUUGGCGUUCCCUGUGCCGUACCGCCGCGCAGAAAGCUGCUCUCAUCCAGGUAUCGACCGGAAGCCUUUGAGAUACUAGAAACCUCGCCAGUAGCAGGGUUGCGAUGUCGGGAAAGGCUGCGGAAGACCGAAGGCUUGUUCUCCUCCUUGGGACGCUUAAACAAGUCUAGUCCAAACCUCUUGCGAAGCGAUGAAGUGUUGGAGGCGACAGAGCCAGCAAGAGAGUUUUGCUUGCGAAGAGUCGAGUGCAUCGAACCUGCGACAGAGUUGCUAAAUUCGUAACCCUGUGCUGGUGAUUCGUGGAAGAUUCUAUCGCAGUCCUCGACCAAGCGAUCGAGCAGAUUGAUAUACAUGGAAGCGCUUCCAUUAGUAACGAGAAGCUCUGCAAACAUGAGUGUCAGUGCACCGCGGUCGCCAUCAUUGGCGCAACCGUCAAGGAGUUCCGCCAAGAGCUUGAUGAUUCGCGCAAAAGCUCGCCUGUUUUGCGGCGCCAUGUCUGCAAAGAGAUAGUGAACAAAAUCAGCAAAGUCCCCUGGCGCCCGUCUGUUAGCUCGGUCCUGAAGCGUGUCAAGCGACUGCAUUGACAUGACGGGACCCAUUUGCGAGGUCCAAGCAAUGCGGAGGAAGUUCUCAAAGGCAACAAACAAGACUUCAAUAGUUACAUCUGGCCCAAUCUCAGCAUCAUAUGGAUUCUCCACCAGCUUGUUAUACAAGUCAUUGACAGCAAGCUCGUCCGCUGAAUGACGGCUCAGGAUGUGCUUGCUGACAAUGGUACCCUUUCGGGCCAAAAGUGCCUUGGUGUAAAUGGAAAACGUCUGCUCCAACCUCAUCAACGGGUUGUCUGGGAUGUCAUCUUCAACAAACGACGGAUCGUCCCGGCCUCUAAUAGAGCCCUGGAAGGAGUGGAAGCUGUUUGUUCUGUGUAGAGAUGGCUGCAGCGGCUGCUUGGUAGACAUGACAGAAUCUGGUGUCCCAGCAGCACCUCCGCUCCACAGACUUGCGAAUAGCUUUACGGGAGAAGUCGCUAGGAACGAUUUUGUCUUCUCAGCACGGGCUGUAGAUGCCUCAAAGGUAAGGGUACGGAGAAUCUUGGUGUAGUAGGAGACCAACGGUCCUGUUAGUUGCAUAUUUGCGACGCUGUGCUGCGUGCUCAUUAGUUGAA